AUGUCCCCAUACAUUCAUUUACCUUCUGUUGAUCCUUCCCUGUUGUCAAACAAACAACAUACAAGCAUCCUCAAGGAUCCAGCGGUCGACGUUACAAAUGACUAUGGAACCCCAAACCUUCUUUUCUUUUACUUUGUUCCUUUCCUCCCAGAUGACAGAAAGCCUGACAUCCAAGCUCUACAAGACGAGAUCCAGUCUUGGAAUGCAUGGGAGCUCGGUCAGACAGAAGUUCAGGUUAAGCACAGGAUUGCGGACAAAUCACUUCCCAGUGAUGAUUCUACGGCCUCCCGAGUGAAACGGACUAACUAUCGAGCCAAGGUAGUUGAUUAUCUUAGGGAGUCAAGCGAAACUACUUGCCACAGCGGACCCUUCUCGGAGGACAUAAACGUCGCCGAAGUGAAUGGAAAGAUCCGAAAUGUGCUCAAAGAUUUCUAUGGUCAGGAGUUGCUGCCCGCUCAGUUUUCGGUCAUCCUGAACAUCAUUACCGAUCUAAUUGCGUCUCAGCCUGAUGCUGACAACAAGUAUUUGUUCACUUACAUCUAUUACCAUUACGACGUUGAUCAGAAAGUCUUUAAACCAGAUAUCCGUCAACUGCAGUUCAGUGUAACGCAGACAACCCCGGAAGAUGGGAAUGACACAGUCAGGCUGGACAUAUCCAACCUGAACCAUGUGUACUCUUUGCUGAGAGAGAAAUGGAGGAGUGUUCGCCACGAUGCUGAGGAGGUCAUCGAGGCUGGCGAGAAGAUUCGCAAGGAAAUGGCAUUAAACUUUUAUUUUAGCUAG